AUGUCGAAUACAAACGCGCCAGCCAGGGCGCCACUGAACGAUGCGCUCAAGCGGUCGAUGAACCACCGUGUGAAGCCCAACACAUUCACGGUGGAUUCGAUUGUCAACGGCCUCUUCCGUCCGCUGUUCCACUCGCCGACUCUCUCGACCAUUGCCACGAUCCUGUCGCUCGUCAAGAUCCUGGGAGGCGCAAGCAACCUCAAGUUUACGCGCGAUAGGACCGAUCUCAGCCGUCGCGAGAAGCUCUCGUCGCUCACGGCCGACUUUGCCGCUGGCUGGGGCGAGAGUUCGAACCGUCUUGCACGCUGGUACCUGAUCAUCCGGGUUCUCAAGACGAUCAAUGCGAUCGGCAACCGCUUCGUGAUCAACCGCGAGCCUCGCCGCCACAUCCGAUGGCAUGACCACGUGGUGGUGAUCACGGGUGGUGCGCGAGGAAUCGGCGGCCACGUGUGCAAGCUGCUGCGUCAAAAGGGAGCCACGGUGGUGGUGCUCGACCUGCCCGAAAAGUCGGAGCACGGUCUGGAGUCGCUGUACGUCCCGACGGACGUGACGGACAUCCAGUCGCUCAUCAACGCGAGGAAGGUGGUGGAGGACAAGGUGGGGUAUGCGACCAUGGUCGUGAUUGGCGCUGGUAUCGCCCGCCACUCGUUCCUGCUCGAUACCGAAGAGCAGUUCCCUUACGAGAUGGCCAAGCAGGUAUCCGAAGUCAACUUUCACGGCAUCAUGGCCACCCUCAAGACGUUUGGCGAGCACAUGUUGCCAGACGGCGGCGUGAAAGACCGUCCCUUCAAGCAGGCCAAGAAUGGCUGGGGUGGUCAUAUCCUCAUCAUCGCCUCCGGUGCCGCCUACAUUGAACUGCCUGCGAAUGCAGCGUACAAUGCAUCCAAGGCGGCGGCUGUGUCGCUGCACGCCUCGCUGUCGUCGGAGCUGCACGCGUAUCACAAGGUGGACAACGUGCGCAGUUCGGUCAUCUGCCCGCUCAAGAUCGAGUCCAAGAUGACCGAGGGCCGAAUGCUCGACACGCACGACCAGUUCCUGCUGCCCACGCUGACCAUCCCCGAGGCGGCGUCCAAGAUCGUCGACAUCCUCGAGGGCGACAAGAGCAGGGUGGUGUACAUCCCUCGCGCCAUGUAUGUGUUGAGCCUGACCAAGGUGCUGCCGCUGUGGUCGGUACGCCUGGUGGGCAAGAUGACCGGAAGCAUGGACACGUUUCUGACGUACGCCAAGGAGUUCCGAAACAACGAGGACAACCUGUACCAGAAGUAG